AUGAAUCGUUUUGAUGACCUCUACGGAAAUAAAUUAUACCUUUGUAUGUUUCCUUUUGCAGCAAAACAAAUGGAUAAUUACGAUAUUCUUCGUGAGCUCGACUCUGUUGCUCGUUCCGUUCGUUCUUCUCAACCGUUCUAUUCUCAAGCUGAAUACGUACCUGAAACGCCGACAAUUGUUAAAGCAAGCGGUGGUCCCGUCGACGCAUGCUGGUCUUCUUCGUUUCAUGGCAUUGUUGCUGGAGUUUUAGUCGAUCAAUCAAACUUCAAUCUGGACCAGGUGAAAUAUAUAAUAAGUACGCCCUAUGUUAUCAACUAUCUCAGUUCUCAUGACAAUGAACGUCUUCUUUUUCUUCUUGGCAAGAACGGCAAUAUCUUUGAUGAUGAAGCUUUUAGGUGUACGCGAUUGGCCGCUAUUCUACUCCUCACUUCCGUUGGUGUACCUCUCAUUCAACAAGGUGACGAAUUUGGCGAAGCAAGAGAAUUGGGUAGCGAUGAGCCAAAUAAAAAGAAGUUGCCUAUGCAAUGGGAUUUGCUGAAUAAUGAAGGAAAUCGAUUGCUCUUCGACACAUUUAAACGUCUAUUGGAUCUGCGUAAAUCUCGUGAUGAUAUGACUGAUAAUAACGUGAAUUUUUUCUAUGAACAUUUCGACAAUCGAGUUCUCGCGUAUGCAAGAAGUCAAGAACUGGUAGUUGUGGUGCAUUUCAUAAAGGAUGAAAAACAAGGAUAUGAACUACAAAAUUUUCCUGAGAAUGGAAAAUGGAUCGACUGGUUGACGAAUGAAGAGUAUCAAGUCGAAAACAAUACAUUAAAAGUGGACUUACGGCCAUUCGAUGCUCGAGUUCUCAUCUUGGAAAAAUAG